UGCCACACCUCCUCCCGGUGCCUUUUCCUGCUUUUCAGCGGCGAGAAUUAUUCACAAGCGCAAUGAAGUCACAGAACAAGAACCAUCCAAGACUCCUCUGUCAUCGUAUCAUCUGUUUAACCUCUGAACACGCAUCCGUCCAAUGAAGGAAGGGGGUGUUGACGUUCCCCAGGCAUUGCCAUCUGGGCCCAGUGCCUUUAUCCCAACUGAAGAGGAUGGGGCCAUACAGGAGGUGAUAUCAGAGGCUCUGUUGUCAGACCAGCGUGCAGAUCAUAUCACCAUGGCAAUGGGUAUGCAUCCCACCUACUUGGCCUGUUUUGUGCGCACCCAGCAUGCCCUGCUGCAGCUGGAUGGCCCUCUGCCUUUAUCAUGGAGACAUUUUAUAAUCAUCUUGGCAUCUGCACGUCAUCAGUGUUCAUACCUAGUGCAGCGUCACAGUUCUGCUUUUCUACUUGCUGGUGGGGAUGAGUCUUGGCUCAGGGGUCUUCACUGUGCACCACCUAAAAUACAGAACCUGCAGACUAUCAACAAUCUACUUGCACACAGACCUUGGAUCAUCACCCAAGAACACAUACGGGAGUUAGUUUGUCCUGGUACGGAAGCUCGAUGGUCUUUGGCAGAGCUGAUUCAGGCUGUGGUUUUAAUGAGCCAUGCCCAUUCUUUGGCCUCCUUUGUUUGGGGUUGUGGCAUUCUCCCUGAGCCAGAGCAGUCAGAUGAUCAGCCACUCCAACCAUGUUCACCCACAGAGUCAUGUAGUUUUACCAGAAAUCAACAUGAGUGGCCUGGAGCUGUGAACGAAGUUCAGCUUUUGUUGGAGAAAAUGAUGAUGGUGAAACAGCAAGGUGAAGAGUAUACACAGGAAGAGAUGGUUACUCGCUUUGAAAGAGAAAGGACAGAGAGUCUGCUAGAGUCAGCGGAGGUUGUGAGCCCUGUCCUUCCUGAUUGCAUUUCACGGUUUGUGGUGGAUGCAGAAUUUACCUACCAGGAUUUCAGUCCUAGAGGAGAACAGUCCCCCCCAACCAUGAGAGCUCAGGAUUAUUCAUGGGAGGAUCAUGGUUUCUCCCUGAUGAACAGGUUGUAUGGAGAGAUGGCUCAACUUCUAGAUGAGAAAUUGCAGGUGGUGUGUGCACUCACAUAUCACACCAUGGCCAUGCACUCAAACGUGGACACAUCCACACUCCGCAAAGCCAUCUGGAACUACAUUCACUGCCUAUAUGGCAUCAGGUAUGAUGACUAUAACUACUGGGAGGUGAACCAGUUAUUAGAACGCAGUUUAAAAGUGUAUGUUAAGACAGUGGCUUGUCACCCUGAGAAAACCACACCGAGAAUGUAUUUCUGCUUUUGGAGACAGUUCUGCCACUCAGAAAAGGUCCACGUGAACCUAAUACUGAUGGAGGCAAGAAUGCAGGCAGCUUUACUUUAUGCUCUCAGAGCUAUUACACGCUACAUUACCUAAUCAGCACAAACUGUUCCAAAAACCAUUAAGACAAGGGAUGACCCGUCGAAACACUAUAUGCUCUGAUUGCAGACUCUGUGAUCUUAAAUUGAAGCACACUUUAAUGCACACAAGCUCAAAGACCUUAUUCACAGAAGCGCCAUAAUUGAUUUUUGAAGGGGAUGAAAACGAGGCUGUCGUCUGUCUCUUCAAUGGGUUUUACUGUAAUUUACUGUUGUCCAUGGACAAAAUAUUGAAAAAAAAGCUGCUUUCCAAAAUAUAUUAGACUACAAUGCCCUAGGAUCUUGAUACAACUUUAUAAAGUGCAUACCACUGAAAAGUCUGUAAGUCUCUUUUCAUUCCAGUCAAAAAUCAAAUAUGAUGCCACUGUGAGAAAGGUCGAUAGAGUUUCAUUUUCUUUUUUUCUUUGCAAUAUUUUUAAGUGCAAAUAGCCCAUCUUGUCAGUAGAGCUAUUUACACUAAUAACGCCCACCACUGCUCAGACCAAACUCAAGACAGCCAUGACAGAUUUAUUUGGGGUCAACUGCUAAUCAAAUGAAGGCGGGUAUUUUUUGGAAUUUUUUGCAAUGGGGCAGAGACAUUAAACUGGUUAACGGUUAAGACAUUUAGUGGAUUAAGAGAUUGGAUAACUGCGUGACUAUUUACACUCCAAUGAUCUGGUGGGAUCACAGGAUUUGACGACAAACUGCAACCCCAUGUGCAGCUGUAGUAGCUCUGGGUGUAAUGACGGUAUGUGUAUGUAUUGUCACACUGGAGCUAAGGGUUCGAAUCACACCCCUUGACAUACUUUUUCCCAUAACUCUACUCUUAAUAUUUCCUAUAAUACUACUACUAGUAAUAAUUAAAAGGUUGGGAGUUGAGAGAAGGAUAUGAUCUGGAUAAAAUUAACCAUGGUUUUACUAUAGUAAUAUUGUAGUAACAAUGUGUUUUGGUGGAAACUAUAUAGUUCUGAUGUAUUAAUCAUGGGGUUACUACAGUAACAUGUUAAUAUUAGUUAAUAGUAACCAUGUUUAAUUUUGUGGUCACUAUAAUUUUACUAGAAAAAUACCAUGUACCAUUUACUAUGGUAAAACCAUGAUUCAUUUUUUGUAGGGUAGGGGUUGGUGUAGGGUAUCUGUGGGACUCCAAAUAAACAAAAUAAAAAUGCUGCAGUAGUGCCACUCUAUGUUAAUAUUUAAACAAGGAUGUAAGAGUAUCUGCCACUAUUUGCACUUAGUGCAAAGAAGACGCUUUUUGUUGCUUUUUACAAUUGGUGAAAAUAGCACCUGUCGCUAUAUGCGCUUAGUGCAAAUAGUGUCUGCCAUAUGUUUGUGCUUCUAUGGGAUGGUUGAUCCGCUGCUACCAGCUCGUGAUUGGAUUUGAGUGAAUGUUGCGCACGCCUCGCUGUGACCUCUCUUUUCAUACCGUGAAUGUAUAUUUGCAAUGCUGCAGUAUUAUGUUCUGUAUGUGUGUGUUGAUGAACAUUAAUGUGAGUUUGACACUAAGAACUCCGCAGUGCCUCUUUCUCUCUCUAGACUGAGUCACAGCUGGCUAAACUGGAUUUUAAAAAGCACAUUUUGUUUUUUGUGCAAUAUCU